UGCUUGCAGGUAAUUCUUUUGUCUUUUUGUUCAUUAUCUACCAGUAUUUGUGCUGUAAGGUAUUCAAUUUUACUUUUUGUUUAAUUUUAAGUAUUUGCAUAUGAUCUAAUUUUUGUGGUUACUGAAUAUAUCAAAUUAAGUGUGAUUUUCUUUUUUGUCUUUCGAUUUGUUCACAAUUAUCAGUCAUUAGUGAUAAUUGCCACAAGAUGCUCAUUUAUUCUAUUACUUUUGAGUAUUUCCACAAUAUGAUCCAGUGAUUUUUGUGACUCAGUGUAUCAAAUGAAGCAAGAAAUAUAGUAAAGUAACAAUAAUAACUAUCCUGAAUUCAUACUAACUACUCCCAAAAUUUUCAGUGUGGUGGAGUGAUCCAGGCACCACUGGACACCAGGCAAGAGGGCUGGCCACUGCCCCUCCCUGUGGUGUGGUGCUGCCUGCUGCCACUGCUUCCAGACAGCCUGUCCUGGAACAACCUGUACUCCAGCCACAAGUACUUGACCCUCUCAUGCACUGACACCUGCCACCUUCCAGCAUGGCCAGCCUGACCAGUCCAACCCCUGACAGCACACUCCCCCACCCCCUCAACAUCACUAGAUCACAGUGAUGCAAGGUGACCACCACUGGAGGCACACAUGUCAAGUCAGCACAGCAAUGGAUCUCCACACAUCGGCACCCUGGAAGCACGAACUAAGAGGGACAUCACUAGAAGCACCAACAAGGAGGGACAUCACUGGUGCAGCACAUGAGGCUGUGGUGCAUAAACAUACUUCUGCCUUCCUUGCAGGUCGAGAUGGUGCGCUGGUCUUCCCCUGGUGUGGUCCCCAGUGGUGUGAUCCUCAAAUUCUUCCUGCAGCCCGCUUUGUCAUCUUCCCUCCCUGCAAGACAGUUCCUGGUUAUACAAGGCAAUAAACAGAGAAACAAUA